CGCUCUUUUGUUUGGGUUUCAAUCCUGUGUUUUUUUACAUGUUUGUUUGGUCUUCGUCCCUGUGCCUUUACACAGCACGCUGUAAUUUGGGUAAAUUUAAAUUUAAAAAACUAUUACGCAUUUCUGCGUCUGUCUCUCGAUCCAACGUGACAGAAUAAUCUACCAUGAAGGGAGACAGUGGGAAUGACAUGGGUAGGCCGGUGUCGUUGUGCUGCUGGUGCAGCGCGUCAAGGAUCCCUCCGGAACUUUCAUUACGCACACCUGUCCCCUAUUCUCACUGAUUAGUACUUGUAGAAGUGUACUCUUUGGUUUCCAUUGGGCUGUCGGUUAUUGUUCCAAUGGCCGUUGGUCGUGUGAGUACCUAUGCUGUGUUUUGGCUUUCAUGCCAAGUGAUUUGCGCAGAUGAUUACAGGUCUUGUCCUGUGUGGUAUCAUUGUGCGCUUGUGUUAUUUAUUCGAGGUACUCCUCGCCCUUUGUUUAGGUUUCAAAUCUGUGUUUUUUUUGACGUGAUUGUUUGGUCUUCGUCCCCGUGCUUAUGAGUUGCCAUGAAAGAAAGUUAGGUGAAUUCAACUGAAAAUGGCGAGAACAGGCAUUCGUAGCUAAAUGCUUAUGGUUUGCUUGUGAAUAAUAAUUGCAUGAUUUAUCAUUCUACGGUUUGUACACUACCGUAGAUCUUUGUUUCUGGCCAAUUGGUUUGUGGCCAUUUUGAGCCUGUAAUCAAAUCCACAAAUGGACCUCCUGACGAGCCGCCCCCAGGUGGUGAGGGUAGGCAAGAACAUAUGUCAUGCUGACCUUCAACAUGGGGGCCCCUCAGGGGUGCGUGCUUAGUCUUCUCCUCUACUCCCUAUUCACCCACAACCGUGUGGCCACGCAAGACUCCAACACCAUCAUUAAGUAUGCCGACUACACGACGGUGGUAGGCCUGAUCAUACGAUGAGACAGCCUAUAGGGAGGAGGUCUGCGACCUGUAAAUGUGCUGCCAGGACAACAAUCUCGGCCUCAAAGUCAUCAAGACAUAGCAGAUGAUCAUGGACAAAAGGAAAUGGAGGGCCGAGCGCACCCCCAUUCAUAUCGACGGGGCUGUAGUACAGCAGGUCGAGAGCGUCAAGUUCCUUGGUGUCCACAACACUAAGGAACUAUCAUGGUCCAAACACACCAACGCAGUUGUGAGGAGGACACUACAAUGUCUCUUCCCCCUCAGGAGGCUGAAAAGAUUUGGCAUGGGCCCUCAGAUCCUCAAAGUUCUACAGCUGCAGCAUUGAGAGAAUCUUGACUGGCUGCUUCCCUGCUUGGUUUGGCAACUGCUUGGCAUCUGACUAUAAGGUGCUACAGAGGGUAAUGUGUACCUCCCAGUACAUCACUGGGACCAAGCUCCCUGCCAUGCAUUUACAUACUUAUGCAAAUUGCAUAUCUGUAUUAAUUUUUCAAUACAUCUGCAAAAAUGUCUAAACAUGUUUCUAAAAACACUCAGUAUAGGGUAUUGUGUGUAGAUAGGUGAGACAUUUAAAAAUCAAAUCAAGCUGUAACACAACACAAUGUAGAAUAAGUCAAGGGGUAUGAAUACUUUCUGAAGGCACUGUACAUAAAAUCUAAUUUUAUUUGUCACAUGCGCUGAAUACAACAGGUGUAGAACUUACAGUGAAAUGCUUACUUACAAGCUCUUAACCAACAAUGCUGUUUUAAGAAAAAUUCCUAUAUAAAAUUAACAAAUGCCUAAAUAAAAGUAACAAAUGAGUAAAGAGCAGCAGUAAAAUAACAAUAGUGAGGCUAUAUACAGGGGGUACCGGUACAAGGUCAAUGUGCGGGACACCUUUAGUCGAGGUAAUUGAGGAAUAUGUACAUGUAGGUAGAGUUAUUAACAUGACUAUGCAUAGAUAAUAACAGGGAGUAGCAGCAGCAUAAGGGGGAGGGGCAUUGCAAAUAGUAUGGGUAGCCAUGUGAUUAGAUGUUCAGGAGUCUUAUGGCUUGGGGGUAGAUGCUGUUUAGAAGCCUCUUGGACUUAGACUUGGCGUUCCGGUGCCAUGCGGUAGCAGAAAGAACAGUCUAUGACUGGGGUGGCUGAAGUCUGUGACAAUUUUGAGGGCCUUCCUCUGACACUGCCUGGUAUAGAGGUCCUGGUUGGCAGGAAGAUUGACCCCAGUGAUGUACUGGGCCAUACGCACUACCCUCUGUAGUGCCUUGCGGUUGGAGGCUGAGAAGUUGCUAUACCAGGCAGUGAUGCAACCCGUCAGGGUGCUCUCGCCGGUGCAGCUGUAGAACCUUUUGAGGAUCUGAGGACUGAGGGGGAAAAGCUUUUGUUUUGCCCUCUUCACGACUGUCUUGGUGUGCUUGGACCAUGUUAGUUUCUUGGUGAUGUGGACACUCAACCUGCUCCACUACAGCCCCGUUGAUGAGAAUGGGGGUGUGCUCUGUAUUUAUUUUCCUGUAGUCCACAAUCAUCUCCUUUGUCUUGAUCACGUUGAGGGAGAGGUUGUUGUCCUGGCACCACACAGCCAGGUCUCUGACCUCCUCGCUAAAGGCUGUCGCGUCAUUGUCGUUGAUCAGGCCUGUUGUGUCAUCGGCAAACUUAAUGAUGGUGUUGGAGUCGUGCUUGUUCAUGAGUGAACAGGGAGUACAGGAAGCGACUGGGCACGUACCCCUGAGGGGCCCUGUGUUGAAGAUCAGCAUGGCGGAUGUGUUUUCACCUACCCUUGUCAUGUGCAUAUUACCUCAACUACCUUCUACCCUUGCACAUUGACUCUGUACCGGUACUCUGUGUAUGUAUUCUCAUAAUUAAAUUUGUAUUAUAACUCAUUGUUGGGAAAGGGCUCGUUAGUAAAUAUUGCAUGAUCUACACCUGUUGUAUUUGGCGCAUAUGACAAAUACAAUUGUAUUUGAAUAAAUCCUGCACACAAUGUGCUUGUUUUCCAUUUUCUUCUUGAUCAGGAGUCCUAUUUGAUUUAACGUGUGUCACAUCUGCUCCUGCCACACCCUCCAAUGCUCAUGUCUCCUUGACCUGCCGCCACUCCCCCAGUGCUCUCUCCCUCCCUCUGUGUGUGAUUGUGUGGGCAGAGACAGGUGUGCUGGAGUCAGAGCAGAUCUCCACCAGCUGCAACCUGUUCCAUAACCAAGACCUCUCCAAAUACUCAGUCCUACCACUUCAAAACUACCAGAAUGUAAUCUCUUCCCAGUCAGUCCAUGUCUCUAGCUGUUUGUUCCUGUUGUGCCUGUUUUCCCUUACCUGACGCUGUUUUCCUCUCCGCUACAUUUCUGCCCGCUCUGACUCUACGCUCCUUUGGAUUCCCCUCCGGAUCUGCUUUCCCACACCUCUCACCUCAGCCUUUGCACCUGGUUUCCAGCAACCCGCCCAAGCUUCCCCUGGCCUGCAUUCAAUCUUCCCCCCCUUGUUUCAAUAAAUACAUUGGUUAACUCAUCCCAGUCUCCCCAUCUGAAUCUGCUCUUGGGUUCACCUGUUCCGCUCCGCGUUACAAUGUGUAUGAAAGUGUUUGGUGAAAUAUGCAUAAGAGGAGAGUCAUUACCCAUAAUUCUGCACCUUUUGAUAGUUACAUUUGAAGUCAGAAGUUUACAUACACCUUAGCCAAAUACAUUUAAACUCAGUUUUUCACAAUUCCUGACAUAUAAUCCUAGUAAAAAUUCCAUGUCUUAACUUCACAUUUCUAUGUUUUCUAUUUCUUUGUUUUUGGCCGAGGGUAGUUCCCAAUCAGAGGCAGCUGUCUAUAUCGUUGUCUCUGAUUGGGAAUCAUACUUAGGCAGUCAUUUUCCCUCACUUGUGGGUUCUUAUUUUUGCACUGGUUGAUAUUUUUCCCUGCAGAACAUCCCAUUCGUAUUUUGUUAUCGGUGUUCAGUUAAUAAAUAAUUAGAAUGAACACUUACCACGCUGCGCUUUGGUCCACUUCUUCCCAUGACUAUCGUGACAGAAGAACCCACCACAAAAGGACCAAGCAGCGUGGCCAGGAGAAGGGAUCCUGGGCACGGGGUAAAGGGCGUUUAGGACAUUGUGGACAUGGGAGGAGAUCAUGGCAGGCGACAAAAGCAUGCCAUGGAAACAGGCAGAGGCAGAUAGUGAGGAGGAGAGAGAUCAGGAGUUACGGCAGAGACAGGAGCAGCAACCCCAAUUUUGGGUGGGGCACACGGGUUGGCGAGCGGGGCAAGCGGAGUUGGUCAUGGUUCCAGUGCCAUGUUUUGCAAAGUCCCAGCCCGGUGCAUGCAGUACAUGCUCUUCAUACCUGCCGCGUAAAGAGGGGUAUCCAGCCAGGAGGGGUGGUGCCGGCUCAGCGCUCCUGGUCUCCAGUGCGCCUCCUCGGAUCGGGAUAUCCAGCACCGGCUCUGCCCAAGGUGUCCCCAGUGCGCCUGCACAGCCCAGUGCGUCCUGUGUCAGCGCCUCGAACGUGCCGGGCUAAACUGUCACGGUUUGCAAGCCUCCCCUUUAUCCUCCAAACAUAACGAUGGACAUUAUGGCCAAACAGUUAUAUUUUUGUUUCAUCAGACCAGAGGACAUUUGUCCAAAAACUACCUUCAUUGUCCACAUGUGCAGUUGCAAACCGUAGUCUGGCUAUUUUUCAUGGUGGUUUUUCAUGGUGGCUUCUUCCUUGUUGAGCGGCCUUUCAGGUUAUGUCAAUAUAGGACUCGUUUUACUGUGGAUAUCUAUACCUUUACCUGUUUCCUCCAGCAUCUUCACAAGGUCCUUUGCUGUUGUUCUGGGAUUGAUUUGCACUUUUUGAACCAAAGUACAGAACGCGUCUCCUUCCUGAGUGGUAUGACGUCUGCGUAGUCCCAUGGUGUUUAUACUUGCUAUAUAUUGUUUGUACAGAUGAACGUGGAACCUUCAGGCAUUUGGAAAUGGCUCCCUUGGAUGAACCAGACUUGUUGAGGUCUACCAUUUUUUUUCUGAGGUCUUGGCUGAUUUCUUUUGAGUUUUCCAUGAUGUCAAGCAAAGAGGCACUGAGUUUGAAGAUACUCCCCCGCAACCUGGCCGUUCCAUACUGGAAGGUGUCUCAGCGUCUAGGCCUCCCUCCCAUCCUUACCCAUGCAGACGCAGUACUGGCUAACUGGAAGAAGAGGGAUCCACAUGGACCAUUUGACAUAGAGAACUUGGAGCUGCUUUUCACUCUGCCUGGUGGGGACAGUGUGAGGGGGUUCUUCAUGGUCACUCUACUAGUGGAGCUGGCUGCAGUGCCAGCCAUCAAGAGUAUUCCCCUGGUUAUUAAUGGGGUCCAGUGUGGUGAUGCUGAGACUGUUAUAAGUGCACUAGAGGAAAUCAGCCAGGCGAUGGAGGGCAUGACAGAUGCACUCAAACUGCUGCAUGCAUAUGUCAAGCCAGAUGUCUUCUAUGGUAUUAUAAGGAUCUAUCUGUCUGGGUGGAAAGAUAACUCAUCCAUGCCAGCUGGUUUGGUGUAUGAAGGCAUCCAGGCAGAGCCUAUGGAGUAUUCUGGUGGGAGUGCUGCCCAGAGCAGUCUGCUGCACUGCUUUGAUGAGCUGCUAGGAGUCAAACAUGAGGACAAUUGUGGAGCCUUUCUGACCCGUAUGAGAAACUACAUGCCCUCUUCCCACAAGCAUCUGAUCCAGGACAUAUCUCUGCAGCCCUCCCUGCGAGGCUUUGUCCAGCAGGAGGCCAGUGAGCUUCUGACCGCAGCUUUUCAGCUAUGUGUGACCAAGCUAAUGGCCCUCCGCAGCUACCACAUCAACGUGGUCAGCUGCUUUAUCACCGUUCCCGCUGCCCGUGCCCGCCAGCUGCGAAGACAGGGCAACAGUUCCCAGGAGGAGACUGUCAGCAGGGCGCCCACGGCUCUGGAGGAGACGGGUACAGGCGGCUCAGGCAUCAUGAGCUUCCUAAAGACUGUGAGGGACCGCACACGGGACGUCUCCCUGCCGCUGGACAACAGGGCCAUGCAGAAGAGCACAGAUGGAGCACAACCUCAAAACACACAAUACACAACUCAUCAAACACAUCUGCAAACUAACACAUUUUAGAGACACUUUUAUACCUAGUGUAUUUAAUAAAAUAAUGAAAUGACAUGUAAUUAUGAGAGGUUUGUGCAUGACAGGGUUUGAUGUCUGACUAAAUGAGUCCCGGUGUUAUUGACAUGCUCUGUAUAAAUUAUGCCACUCUUUCAGUUCAACCCUUAAUUUAAACCAUCAGUGUUUGUUUCCGUUAAAUGCAACCACUAAUAUCUUUAUUCAAUCUAAAAUAGAAUGUAAAAUAUAUAUUGGAUGACUAGUCCAGACUGACUGUGGUCAUAGUCAGAAAACUCACACUGAUCCCCAGGGAAGGCUGAGGAAAGU